AUGUUCACCUCGUUGCUGCGACCUAGACGUCACAGUCGUCACGUCGAUGAUGAUGGGCUACCGACGUCCCCUUCUGCGGGCCCAGCCUUUCGCAAGCCACCCCUUCGCAGACAUGCCACGGCAGACUUCACGGAAGCCGAUGAUGACGACGAGGAUUCAAACGACGGCAUGGGCGAUCAAUACGUUGAUGGAGACGAAGAGCAAGACGAUGAGGACAAUAGACUAGACGACGAGGAUGGCGUGCGUCGCUCCCUGCCUGUGCUACCUCUCUUCUCCGCCUCCUAUCUCGACUCCCUACCGAUUUACAACAUCACCCAUGCGAUCCGUGUCGUCGUCCAAGCCAGAACCGAAACGAGUUUAACAUGGGAACAACUUCGCUCGCCCCAGGUCUCCCAAUUCCUGGUGAAGCCCAUGCAACAGCAGAUCCGUACACAGCACUUCUCCAGAGCAACACUAUAUGCGCUGAUGGCGAACUGUCUCCAAUUUCACAAGGAGAGCCAACUGUAUCCAGGCAACGCCGGCACGAGCAUCACACGCGCCAAGGUUUGCGAGCUGCUAGCGGUCAAGCUGCUCAAGGAGUACAACACGCGCGAACUGAUUGACGCGCUCUCCUACGAUUUCUACCCACUCCAGGGGCUGCCUGGCAUCCAGCUCCCUGUGACCAAUUCCAAGGCAGAUGCCACGGCCAAGGCUGGACUCACGGCCGCAAGGACAUCGACACUCGAGGUUGCGAUUCGUGCCUCAGCAAAGCACUUUCUGGCACAUCCUCUCGUUGUGCAGCAGUUGGAGGCCAUCUGGAACGGUGCCAUCACGUUCUACUCGUCGGCGGAUACACUGCACCGGGGACCACCUUCAACACCAGUUUACCCUCCCAGCAAGAGUUCAAGCAAAGCCGACGACCGGACGCCGCUCUUAGGCGGACAGCAGCGAAAGGAAAUUGCAGCACAAGCUGUUCCCGGCAGACGGAGCGUCAUUCUCUACGAUCCGCGCAAUGCUUCGUUAUUCAAGCUAUCACGCCUGCGUGUGCCUCGAUACAGAUUCUUCUUGUCGACUCUGUCGCUCAUGGUCUUGAUCUGCCUGUUCCUGAGUGUGCUGGUGGAGCGGUCUACACGAAUCACCUCUCUUGAGCUCAUAUUCUGGUUCUGGUCCGCCGGCUUCAUGCUCGAUGAACUCGUCGGUUUCAACGAGCAGGGCUUUUCCCUCUAUAUCAUGAGCUUCUGGAACAUCUUUGAUCUCGGCAUCCUCGUCCUUCUCAUUAUUUACUACUGCAUGCGUGCCUACGGUGUCUUUCUCGUGGACCCAGGCCAUUGGAACGACCAAGCCUACGAUGUGCUCGCCGCCAACGCCAUCCUCCUUCUACCCCGUAUCUUCAGCGUGUUGGACCACUACCAAUACUUCUCCCAGCUGCUCAUUGCAUUCCGGUUGAUGGCCGUGGAUCUGGCUGCCGUGCUAGUCCUCGUCCUCAUUUCCUGCAGCGGCUUCUUCGUAUUCUUUACUCUAUCCAAGAAUUCCAAUGACGCUGGAGAAGUCGCGUACAAGAUCUUCCAGAUCUUGAUGGGCUUUACACCCGCGGCUUGGGAUAAGUGGCCGACAUAUGGAAUUCUCGAGAGGACACUGAUGGGGUUGUUCCUGAUCAUGUGUCACUUCGUUGUUGUAGGAGCACCAGUGAGGAGCAGCCCUACCGACCCAUUGUUACGCAAGCUAACGAAUGCCAGGUUCUUGUUUGCACUCAACACCAUCUCUAUGGUCAAGAAUGAUGCCCUAUUCUCAUACGUUGCCCCCGGCAACAUCUGUGCCUGGUUGCUGAUGCCACUUCGUUACUGCAUGCCCCUAAAGCACUUUGUUCUGUUGAACCGGACUAUCAUCAAAGUAACACACUUUCCUCUGCUGUUCUGCAUCUUUGCAUAUGAGAAGUUCUGGUUGGCAUCCAACAUAUAUGAACCUACCGAUCUCGUCGAAAACCCCGGCCGCGGACGUGGGAGACACAUGUCUCUCGCCGAUCCAGCCAACCGCGGCGCAAUGUUCAGCCCCAAUGUUCGGGUUCGGGAAGAAUCGGUAGUAGGCUUCCAAAAAGACAGGGCUUUGGAGGAAGUGUUCCGGCGAGGACCUGGCAUUGCCACCCUCCGAAGCCACAGAAGAAACGAAAGGAGAAAGACACAAAACGCUAUUCGAAAUUGGAUGGAACAGCAUGACGAGGUCGGAUCGUCCCCCGGCAACCGCGAAUGGCCGACUUUGGAUAGCAAAGCUGCACGGCCGGACUGGCACCGCAGGUUCAGCAUGAAUCGAGACUACCGGCCUAAUAGGCUCAGGCAGUUCUCUGACCUGCGUUCUGCUGCUAGCGAUCCAGCAGACAUGAUGUCCCAGGGGCACCCGGCUAUUGACGCUUCCCUUUCUCGCAAUGAGAAAAACUUCAGACGUGGGGAAGAAGUGAAGGACCAAACAGACGCCGACGGUGAUGACGAAUUGGUCACGAAUGAUGAGGAAGAGGAAGAUGAGAUGACCAACGCUGGCGACCACCAGCGUACCCGCUACGAGAAGCAUACCGAACAAGAAGACUACUUCACAACAGCACAGGCAACACACUAUCAUGCCCCGAAAGACUUCUUCGCAAGGACUCACGUCUUGCCGGGGGGGCGCAGCAGCGACGCUGCGGAUAGGGACCGUAUGAGCCGCCUUGUUCUCGCACGCAUGAAGACGCUCGAAGAGAGUUUCGCAGACGUGGCACGAGAACUACGUGGACUCAAGACGAAUUCCAAUUCGACAGCGCCGCCGACUAGGCACAACUCUUCGGGAGAAGACAAUUCGAAAGCCUCCCGAUCAUCUAUAGCCGAUGCAGCUGGUCGGGACCGCCGGAAAGGGCCAGAUGAGGCUCGACCCAAGAUACUCAAAAGGACAACGACUGCCACCAAGAGGCCCGGAAGCCGGAAGAGCAUGAUGGAGCCCCGCGUUGGGAUGACCAAGUCCAAAAAUAAGGGCAAGGAAGUGGCUCAAUCGUCUGAUUCGGAUGAUGGGAGGGCCGGCGACAGAGGUGAAGAUGGCUUCGCGAAGAAGGGCAGCUCACUCUGA